CUGUUACUGCCAGACGGACCUUUAUACUGACAUUCUGCUCAUAAAGAUUUGGGGAAAAAAGAUCAGAAUCUGUUGAGUGUAAAGCUGAGAGAAACGCAACCCAAACAGAAAAGAGAAAUGUUGGCGAAAGCUUGUCAGAUUUGGGGAAUCGUCUUACUUUCAGUAACUUUGUUGAGAUUUGUCAGACUCAACCAAGAUAUCUGCCCUGCCGAGGAAAACCCAUGUAUACGGAUAUGUGUCAAAGCGAACGAUAAAUGUGACCAGCAAUGCAACAGUGGCAGCUAUAACUGUUCUCUUCAGUGUAGCGGAGAGGUUUGCGCACAAGGUUGUGACGCUAAAAGAUGUAACUUUAAAUGCAGCAGUGAAGAUUGUGAUCAGAGGUGUAAUGGGGGAGUAGAAGAAUGCAUCAUGCAUUGUAACGGUAGUAAAUUUAAACAGAAGUGCGAUGCUGGCGUAUGUCACAUGACAGGAAGUGCAUUUAUCCGUGAUAUACACGAGCAGACAUGCAACGGGGGAGUAAAACGAUGCGAUGCGCAGUGCAACGUGAGUGCCGGUACAUGUAAGCAACAUUGUGACGCUGAACUAUGCAAACUAGAGUGCAGCGGGAAAGAUUGUGAUCAGAAGUGCAAUGGGGGAACUAAACAAUGCAUUAUGCAUUGCAGCGCGAGUAAAUGUAAACAAACGUGCGCCGCUCACACUUGUAGCACGACAAAAAGUGGGUUAGUCAGUUCUCUGACUGAGCAGAAGUGCAACUCUGGGAAAAGUCCUUGUUGUCAGCACAUCAUGAUACAAAACAGUAUUGGAGUUUUAAAUAGAAUCUGUGUCAGAAAGAAGCGAUGCACUUGUUCCAAAUAUUCUUUAAAUACCAAUUACAUCACUUUACGUACGUCAAAUGUGUUUGAAGUCGUCAAAACUCAACCAUCGACUACACAAGCUCACGCAUCAUACGGGUCACCUUCGCCACUGUCAUUUCUCUCACCGUCACCGUUAUUAUCAUCGUCAUCAUCAUUAUAUUCCCCUACCUCUUCCUCCUUAUCAUCAUCCAUCUUAUCAUCGUCAUCAUCAUCAUCAUCGCCGUCUUCGCUAUUAUCACCACCACCAAGAUCAUCGUCGUCAUCGUCACGUUUACGGUCGCCAUCAUCAUCAUCAUUAUCACCAUCAACAUCUCACUCAUAUCCAUCACUAUUACCACCAUCAUCGUUGUCGCCGUUGUCAUCGUCAUCUCCAAAUUUGACAUCUCCGUUGGUACCGCUUGUAACAUUUGAGAGGCUGGCAAAUGAAUAUGUUUCUAAACUCGGUGCUAUAGAACUCCACAGAGAAAGUUCCCUAAGGGUGGCAAUGCGUUUGUUUAACAACUUCACCAAUCAGUAUCAGAACAUAACAAAAACUUUCGAGGGCCAACUUAGUGAAGAAGAAGUUAAGAAAGGAACAGAAGCCAUCUUUAAGGUAGCAGUCGCAUUCGAGAAAUUGGUUCUCAACUACAGCAGGUACCACCUGAAUGAAACGAAACUAUUAAAGAAGAUGACUGACGGUAGAAUGGUUUUAAGUAUGAAGAUUGGCUACCAGAAUGAUCCGAGUAACUUCCUUCUGAAGGAAGAAGAAUGGCAAACCAGCAUCAACAUUUCCUCUGCAAACUUUGCCAAGAAUGGGUCCGUGGUUGUAGGAUGUUUGUACAAAGAUCUCCAUGAAUUGCUGCUGACUAAGCAGUCCAUUGGGAAUGAAACUCACAAUUCAAGGUACGUCAACACCAGAAUAAUGACCGCGGCUAUGGAUCCUAAACCGGAAAUUUUACAAGAUCUCAUCUUGAAGUUCAGAAACCUAAAGGCCGUGGAGGAAAAAAAGCAUUGCAUGUUUUGGAGUGGCUUCAGCAAGAGUCCAGACGGGUACUCAGAGGAUGGUUGUCAUGUAGAUACAGCGAAGAGUAACUCAGAAGAAACAGUUUGUAGAUGCAAUCAUUUGACUUACUUUGCUGUCUUAGUUGAUUUUGACAGUGGUCGUACAAAGCUCUCCAAGAAGGACGGAACGAUCCUGGAGACUAUCACGUACGUAGGGUUAAGUCUUUCCAUCAUCGGGAUGCUUUUGACAAUCGUCUUUUAUUCUUUCUUCACAGAUGUUCGUCAACCUCUAUCACAAAUACGUUUAAGUCUUUCUGCGUCCCUCGGAGCUGGACAAAUAAUAUUUCUUGCCGGGAUAAACGCCACAGAAAACAUGGCUGCUUGUAUCACAGCAGCAGCUCUUAUGCAGUAUUUUCUGAUGGCCGCUUUCUGUUGGAUGCUGGUCGAAGGAAUUUAUCUCUACCUGUUUGUUGUAAAGGUUUACAACAUCAACACUAAGAUGCACAUGUACCACGUCAUAUCAUGGGGUCUUCCUGUCGUCAUGGUAGCCAUUUCAUUGAGCAUUGCUGCUGGAAAAGAAGGAAUGAAAAGCUUUACCAAUGAUAAAUAUUGCUGGUUGUCUUCAACUAAUAAGCCGAUCUGGAUUUUCGUGACAUUCGUGGCGUUUAUCGAAUCAUUUAACAUUUUGAUACUUGUGCGAGUCAUAAAGGAGAUAACUACACUCGUAGAACCAUUAGCGGAAGACAACUAUGCUCAGCAAAUAAGACUUGGCGUUAAAGCGGGCGUGGUGAUGAUUCCCCUGCUGGGCGUUUCGUGGUUGUUUGGUUUCCUGUCACCAUUGCACAAAGUUUUCACUUACAUUUUUACCAUCCUCAACUCUACGCAGGGCUUCCUGAUUUUCGUGCUGCAUUGUGUGCGAAACACCCAGAUUCAAGAGCGAUUCAAACGAAAGCUGAACACUGUUUUUCCAUCUGUAUAUACCAAAAACUCCGCAAUGAAGGGCUCGCAAAUUGAUCCAAGUGCUGUCGAAGAUAUAGGGGCGGCUGAAUUGCAGUCUUGCGAUGAAUUUGAACUGAAAUAAAAUUUAAAU